GCGGCGUUCUGCAAGCAAGAAGCAAAUGAGGGAAUGGGGGAGAGACAGAGAGAGUGAAAGGAGAGAGAGAGGAGAUGUCAGACUGCCGUGUCCUUGAGAACUGCACCACAACUCUUUGAAGAAGGCCGGGAGACGGUAGUCUGAGGACUGAGCACACCUCACAGCAGUUACCUGAGUACAGGAAUGACAGCUUUAAGAAUAAGUUCUGUGUGGUCAAAAGAGGACAACGAAUAGGAAGAAGAGGAGGAAGAGGAGACCAACAGUAUGCAGAUCACUGUCCACUACAUCACGAAUGAACUUAUCGAAGGGGCCAUUGGUGAACAGCAGCAGUGAAGAUAACUCCAAGUCAACCUAUAGUAAAUGCGGCGCUGGCGCCUGGAGGAUGCACCAGAGCUACGAUCCACUGGAGGCCAACCACAUGAGAGACGCACAUGCCCUCUACAACCCCAGGCUUCUCUGCAGAAUGUCCAGUAAGGAGCGCCACCUUGACUCCAACUGUCCGUCCUCUUACAUAAAGACUGAACCGUCUAGUCCUGCCUCCCUGACUGACAGUCUAAAUCAUCACUCCCCUGGUGGCUCCAGUGACGCCUCAGGCUCUUAUUCGUCCACGAUGAACGGCCAUCCCAACGGCUUAGACUCCCCGAGCCUCUACGGAUCCAAUGCAGGGCCCCUGGGUCCUGCUGGCGGCCCUGGAUCAAAGCGUUAUGAGGACUGUUCAUCAACAAUCGGGGAAGAUUCACAGAUUAAGUGCGAGUACAUGUUGAAUUCGAUGCCGAAGAGGCUGUGUCUGGUGUGUGGGGACAUUGCGUCAGGGUACCACUAUGGAGUGGCAUCCUGUGAGGCCUGCAAGGCCUUCUUCAAACGUACCAUCCAAGGCAACAUAGAAUACAGCUGUCCAGCCACCAACGAGUGCGAGAUCACCAAGAGGAGACGCAAGUCGUGCCAGGCCUGCCGCUUCAUGAAGUGUCUGACUGUGGGCAUGCUGAGGGAGGGUAAGGGAAAAGGAGUUCGUCUGGACAGGGUUCGUGGUGGAAGACAGAAGUAUAAGCGUCGGAUAGAUGCUGACAACAGUCCAUACCUGAAUCCACAGCUGGCUUUGCCUCCUAAAAAGCCAUUUGCCUUUGGCUGCCUUGCAGAUAACAAAAUCGUCUCUCACCUGCUGGUGGCCGAGCCAGAGAAGAUUUACGCCAUGCCUGACCCAACAGUACCAGACAGUGACAUCAAGGCCCUGACUACGCUGUGUGACCUGGCAGACAGAGAGCUGGUGGUCAACAUUGGCUGGGCCAAACAUAUCCCAGGUUUCUCUACGCUGUCUUUGGCAGACCAGAUGAGUCUAUUGCAGAGUGCAUGGAUGGAGAUUUUGAUCUUACGUGUUGUGUACCGCUCACUGCCCUUUGAAGACAAGUUGGUGUAUGCUGAGGACUACAUAAUGGACGAGGACCAGUCAAAGCUGGCAGGACUUCUAGACCUAAACAAUGCCAUCCUUCAGCUGGUCAAGAAAUACAAAGGCAUGAAACUAGAGAAGGAAGAGUUUGUCACUCUCAAGGCCAUCGCUUUGGCUAACUCAGAUUCCAUGCACAUCGAAGAUGUAGACGCAGUCCAGAAGCUACAGGAUGUGCUCCAUGAGGCCCUGCAGGACUACGAGGCUUCACAGCACCAGGAGGACCCCCGCCGGGCGGGCAAGCUGCUCAUGACCCUCCCCCUGCUCCGCCAGACCUCCACCAAGGCUGUGCAGCACUUCUACAGCAUCAAGCAGGACGGCAAAGUCCCAAUGCACAAACUCUUCCUGGAGCUGCUGGAAGCCAAGGUCUGAGGACGCGAGGGUAGAUGGAAAGACAGCUAGACACCAGUCCUCAACUUAAACUUUCACUUUGAAUGACCUCUUGCUCUUUUACACUCACACAGUCUUUCACACACGCACCCAUACACGACAGAACUAUGUCCCUGAAGUAUGUCUGCUGACACGCUCCUUCAUGAACAGACCAGUGACCUAAACUUCUUACCUGAACCCUGGAAACCUCCACCAACCGUGACAAGAAGGCGCAAACUUAAACUUUGUAUCAGGGUGGAAUUUGACGGACUGACAUUAUUCCCCAAUCCUGAGGAAAAAUGAUUUUUCCUUCUGAAACUAUCAAUAGCCACUAAACUGAUUCAGUAGUGGCUCAGAACCUUGAAGAUGAUGAAACAAUUAUGCAUUUAAUAUCAAUUAAGAGGUCAUUAAUGACAAACGCUUAAGGACACAUUUAAAACAAACUGAAAAUGCUUCAUUUUAGCCCCAAAAGACUGUAAGACUGCACUUGUGUCUCCCUACCCCUCCUCUUUUCCCCAAACAGUUUUUUAGAGUUGAAGAAGAAGAUAAGUAGGGGGAAAAAGAACAAUAAAGAAGUAUUAUAGACGCUUGUUUUCAAAUUACACUGUAGAAUGAAAUAUGGAGGAACGGAAAGAAAGGAAGGAAGGAAGAAGAGAUUUUCCCUGCCAAAGAAUGGAGCUCAUCCAUUCAGAGGAUGCCAGCAAACUUAACUGUCAUAACCCAAAACUGUUUCUGCUUUGAUCUUUGAGUGGCUUUCAAUGCUUGGCCUCUAGAGGGCUGCUGGUUUUCACUGUCUCCAGUUAUUUAUUUUAUUCUGGUCGUAAUGAAAAUCAACAGAGCUCAAAGACCUGGCUUGAAAAAACACUCUGGUUCUCCUUAAAUUCACUUCCUGGUAAAUCAUCAUUUCCCUAAUUUCACCACAGCAUAACUACAGCAUUUGUUGUACGGUCAAGAAACAGCAGCUUUGGCCUCCCAAACCUGACAGUAUUAUCACAGUAUUAGUGUUUGUACACAUGAGGUGGCUGAAAAUGCUUCAAAUAUUCCAACCACUUGAGAGUUUAAGAGUUAAAAAUGGAAAACUACGGCAAGAUCAAACUUGAUCUCUGCUGUCAAGAAUGGAUCUCUGCCUGUCCAGCUGUUUGAUGAAGGCCUAGUCUGUCUACUCUGUGAUGCCAUUGUUUCUAUCACUCUUCUUGUGUAUGGGCAUCUGUUUGAAACAUUUUCACCCCCUGGUGGCCCAGGUUUGCUGCUGUCAGUACACAAAUCAGUCAGGAUUUCUGUCCAUAAAUGUGCCAUGAAGAAUAGUCCAUCCCAUGCUCAUUACCCAAACUCCAAAAACUGCAAAGCAUCAGUUCAAAACUACCCUCCUUACUCUGCUGCAUUCACACCUUCCAGCUCAUCUCUUGAGGCAGAACUGAGAUGUUUUUUGUGAUUCGUUCGGGGAGUAACGAGGGAGAAUGAGUCAUUCAAUGCAAUACAAACCAGAUGGAAAUGUGUGCUGAAAAAACUGACUAAAGAACAAUUACUGUUGCUUUAAAACUUUUUUUCCUCCUUUAUUUCUAUCUUGAAAAUAAUCUUAGCAAUGGUAACACCAGUAUUAGGGUUGUAAAUAACAGUCAUCCUGUAUAUGACAUAUAACGCAACUUUGUUUUUAUUAAUAUUGUCUUCUUUAAACUGAAUCAAUCAAUAAGUCGUUCCUUUUUUCUAUCAGCUUGACCACUUUCAGCAAUUAUCAUAUAUAUAUAUAAAUAUAUAUACAAUAAAUAUAACAAGUAAUAAUGUAUUAACAAAUCAGCGUUUAUCGUAGAAAACACUGAGCAAUAGUGGUUUUAAAAGGAGGAGUUUGUGCACAUGGACUAAGCCUGCAAUAUUAACAUAACGUGCCAGUUUCAAAUUCCAGAGAGAGAUGAGAGUUUCAUAGCUUCUCUCUCCCUCUGUGUAACUUGCCAUAAGCUAUUAAAUAACAGUUGAUUUUUAAUUUGUUAGUCAUAGUUACACAGCAAAAUUAUGGACCAGAAACAUUAGAGUAAAAUGUUAUUGCCACUGUUACAUUAAAGCUGAGGGAAGAUUAGUUAGUAUAAGGGUAGAGGAAGUAACACAAGCAGCAGAUGAUUCAACAUCCAGUUUGUAAUUCUCACAUUGUUCAGAUGUUUGCACCUUUCUUGUGACCGGGCUCUCACAUUUAGUCUCCUGAAACCCGACAGUUAUCUUAAUUAAGCUGUUAAGUAAUAUGCAGUUUUUGUUUUUAUGGUGUACGCUUCUCCAGCUGUGUGACCGAGUACAGGGACCAUAAGAAUAACUUUAUUGCAUCUGGUUGAGAAAUCAGACCAUCAUCUGCGUAAAAAGAAACAUGACAUUGAAACGUUCCUGUUUGCUUGCUGUUUUACUUACUGUCGAUGGGCAUUUUAUUCAGACAUUUUUUAAUGAAAUGUUAAAGUACAGACAAACAGUCCUACCAAAUGUCUCAAUUAUUAAAAUGAAAUAUCUAAGGUACCAUAUAAACCACUGUAUAAAAUGCACUUUUAGUAUCUAUUUGUUCAUCUAGAUUGGGUCUGAUAUAGUGGUGCAUGCACUGUAAUUACCGCAAGUGCAGCUGCCACAAUCACCUACUUUACUCGACCUGAUACAAUUAAUGAUUAGCCUCCAUUCAUUGCAUAUUCCUAAAGCAGCUACACUGUUCAAAACAUGGUGGGAUAUGUAGCAGCACAGACCAGGCUGCCAGGGGGUUAAGCCAUGCUUAACACUCUCCCCUGUUGGGUUAUAAUCUUCUAUUUUGAGCAAACAGUGGUAUACUACAAAGUAAAUAAACCUUGUUUACUGAAUAGAAUCCUCAGUUUAAGUCCCUGUAAAUUGAUUUAAAAAAAAAUCUUUAUUUCAGGUUUGUUUUAUGACAGGCCACUGUGUUACGAACCACUUGGCCAAAUUUCAGUCAUGAAAAAUAUCUGUAAGUUUAUAAAAUUAAGCUUCAAAAUCGUGAAAAAUGGCAUAGUAAAAUCUGCUCUAGGAUGAUGUAGGCAUGUUGGUUGAAUGAACUAAAUCCACAACCACUCAUGAGAAAUACUAUCCUCCUGAAUUAAAAAAAUACCUCUGAUAGGAGCUCAACUGCCUGGCUCUCUGCCACAGCAAAGAGACAAAGUUGGGCAUUAAAUUUACUGUUUUCUGGUAAAAGUCUCUCUCUUAUGAUACUGUUAAUGACCCGUAGUCCGCUGUGGCAAAAAAAAUUUUGAAAUUUACCUCACAGUGAACAAAAACACAGCAUGUAGCUGGCUGUUAACUUUCAAUGAAGACAGUGACAUUAGCUAACAACAGACUGUACUGAGAUUUUAUAUCAUUGUAGCAUUAGGGGGGCGGGGUAAUUCCCAAUUGAGACUGGUGCUGUCAUUGGCUCAUAUAUUUGCCCAGCUCAUAUAAAACCAAGCCAGGAAAGAGGUGGAAAACUUUACAGCUGUCUAAUUCAAAAAUUCAGUCAUACAUAGAUCUCAGUAUUUUACAUGUUUACAGCAACCUUAUUCCCACAUACCUAGUGUGUUAAGACAUAAAGUUUGGAUUUCACUUUACAGGGACUUUUAAAAACAACAAGCUACCAGCAGAGCUGGGUAGGCUUUGCAGGUCUGUAAUUCACAAUCAUCCCAGUGAGAACUCAAUUAGGGUACUCAUAGCUAGCAGGACUGCUAACUCCACAUGGCGAAAAACAAAUUGGUACUCAAGGAGCUGCAUCUUGUGUACUGGUGCAAUUGAUAUUCCAGAUUUCAUGUGCUUUAUUUGAAAGGAGUCCAUCAAAAGCAGUUUAGCUGUUAUUAAAUUGUUUGUUUCUUUGCCAGUGUUUUGUGUACAAGUUCAUGUUGCACUCAAAAUCUGCAGCAUACUCCACAUUACAAGUGGAGUCUGCUGUUAAAACAUGAUUAGGGUUAAAACAGUAAUAAAUGAUAACCACACAGCCUUAAGGUAGGCUUUAACUUUGGCAGGCAUUUUAUUGAAACUGACAUCUCCCAGUAUUAGCAGACUGUACAAGAUGUUUGACUGGUCACAGCUUUAACAGGCGAAAAACAGUUGAGGGGAUUUUUUGAUAUCAUUGUUUAUCAUUUCUAACGCCUAAUAAUUAUGCCAAAAUGUGUAAUCUAGAUGACGGUGUAAUCUAAUAUAAAAUGGCAACUUGUCCCAGUGGAGGAGUGCUCCGGUUUAAGUGUAGUUAACCUCUAACAUCAAACAUCAGUAUUAUUAGUAAGGGGUAUUUUUUCAGCCUUCUUAAACAUUGUAUAUUGUAAAUUAUACAGAUUAUAAUUCUAACAUAAGACAUUUUAUCGGAAACAAAACCAUGGAAAAAAAAAAGAAAAAAAAUGUAGUUCAGCCUCAAUGUGUGUUUCAUGUUGCUGUUUUUUCUACCAAGAAAAAACUUUUGUUUCUUUGGUUUUAUCUGUUUUUGUUUUUCUUUGGGUUUGUUUCUUUCCUCCUCUGUUGGGUCCUCUGAGGCGUCACGGUGUACUUUUUCUUGUGGUGAUUCCUGUUCUUGUGCUGUGUGCUUCUUCUUUAGACACCACAGAGUAGAGUAGAAACCAUGUCGUCUGUCUGUCUGUCUGUCCGAUCAGUCUGCUCGGGUUCAGAUUCUCUCCCAACGAACCAAAACACAGGAUAUAAGGCUCUUCUUCUAGAAACUUAACUAGACCACCAGGAUGAAAUAAUGGCAUUCAUCUUUACCAAACUAUACAUAAAUACUGAAAUAUUUAGUAUCUAAAUGAAGAAACACAAGUAUUAAAAAGGGAUCAUUUGUGUAUCUUUCCUGUAGAGUGAACAAUAUACUGUAUAUCUUUAGGUUUAAAUAACCAUUAAAUGAAAAAGACAUUUGAGUAUUUCAGAACUGUAGGUGACUCUUUUUUGAUAAAAUCGCUGUACAUAACUGCCUUCCAUACAGCUCGGCUCAAACGUUACCUUUACUGUUUAACAGUAACAGAAAAAAAUGGGAUGUAUAAUGUUUUUAUUUUGCUGACUUUUUUGCCCUCAAUUCAGAGUAUUUCCAGGAACUUCUUCAAACCGGUGUUUUUGUGGGUUAUGGGAAAAUAUUUCUAAAAAGCUUGACAUUUAAGUUUGCACUUACGUUUCUCUUUAUCUUGCACUUUCUACAAUACAAUUAUCCGCAGGACAAGUUUCUGCUUUUGUGCCCAGAAUUAACACAAACUCAAGAUUUUGUCUUUUAGUCAUUUCUCAUUCUAGUCAUUGUAUCCCUUUUUUUUUUUUUUAUUUUACAAACGUAAUAAUUAAUGGAUUCUGGGCUAUGAACGGCAUCAAUACAAAGAUUCUAGAUCAUCAGAGGGGGUUAGCAUUACCUUAUAAUGUCUUUUAAGAGGACAAAAACAGACAAUGUUUAUGAGUAUUUCCCCGAGGACUGAUUAGAAUUCCUUGUUUUGAUUGUUAACACUAUGUCAUUGUCAGAAAAAUGGUAUUUCUAAUUACCUGCUGUACAUUAAUCCACAAACAACUUAUGGAAGAAAGGUGCUCUUUUCUUACUGUAUAAUUUUUUUCUUGAUGUAGUUUUUUUAAGUUGUCAAUCAAUAUGUGUACCUCUGAAUGAUUAAACACAAUGAAAGAAGGUAAAGAACUCCCUGAUGUGAUUACAACUGGACCUGAUUUGGUCCACAGCUGAAAUGAAAAGUAGUGACACAAAUCAGCAUACAUUUUUUUGGAAUAAUAUCUAUAUAAGGUAUUGAGAGUUAUUGCUGUUAAAGGCUGUUUUAGCACUAAUUAAAAGCAGCACUGCUGCAGAUCUACAAACUGGAAUCAGGAGGGAGUUUAUGAGUCAUUCAGAGGUUUUGAUACCAUGCUGCUCAUAGCCAAACUAUUAUUAAGAAGUUCAAUACAAAGGUGUCUUCCUUUGAUUUUUUUUUUUUCUAGUUUAAAAGCAAUACUUUCCUGACUGUACAAUGAUGAGACAAGAGUUGCACUUGUUUGUGUUGGGUUAUUUUUCAAGAAGCUGCUGUAGCUCUUAGACCUGUCCAGCAGAAAGUGUUUAAACCAUGUACAUGACAACAAACCAAACUGGUGGAGCGCUGACAGAAGGACUUUUUUGGGUUUUUGCAGAUGCUUUGAUAGUAAAAGUUUGACCUGGUUGCACUUUGGCUACCAUGUUAUCGCCCUCAUCUGGGAAUUAAAUCCAUUAGCUGCAAAUACUCUAUGUAACAAUAGUUCAGCUGUAACAGGAGGACAAGUUUUAUUUGGCAUUGUGGGGAAAGCAGAAAUUUCCAUCCACCCCUGAUAUCUGCUAAAGCCAAACUUUGUCCAUCUCCAGCUCUACAGUGUUUAGUCAUUUAGUUGUAUUUAAUCCCCAAAUGUAAACUGCCACUCAUACUGCAGCUCAGCCUGCAGUCUGAAUUUGCAAAUGUGAAAAGAAUAUCAAAGGGAGAGAGACGAGAUGCAUUUGGGUAUAAAGGAUAUCUAAGGAGGAAAGGACCCUUACUGUGGUGGAGAAGAGUUGUGUACAAGACCCUGUUAGUGUUAUUAAAAACAUGUCCGUAGAGUUUAGAUGUGCUUCACAUCAGUAAAUGAAAAAAAAAAGAAACAAUAACCUGUAUAUUUUUGUGACGUGUAUCAUACAAGUGUGCUCCAACAAUAAUGUCCAUUUGUGUAAAUGUAUUUAUUUCACAUUGUAUAUAUUGUUCAAUGCAAAAAGAGAGACCUAUGAUUCUGUAACUUAAACUACUAUGGGUUGAAACAUUACAUGUGUUACUCCAGACUAUGCCUUUCAGGAUUAUUACAGUAGAGCAAUAUCAAUUAAA